AUGAAGUUGGGAUUACUAGCUCAUGUAUGCACUGUGAUGUACUUAUUCCAUGUGCACGAAGGUAAAGCAGUAGUAUCGUAGAGAUACAAAAGAGCGAGAGAAGUUUCAUUCUAUUAUUUAACCACUCUUUCAUCACGUAGUAAGCCAUAAACGCUUUAACUACGAUAUUAGAAAAAUGCUUUCUCGUCCGAUGAGAACCCAGUCUGAGCUUACAAACUAUCAAAUAAUUCUUGUUGCCCCCUUGAUAGCAUCCUACCAGCCAAAAUUAGCGCCCAAACUAGCGUUUACACAAGCAAAAACGCCUAAACGCUGCCCUCUCAGGGAUCGAGGUUAAACCUUUAAGAGCAGUGUUGUGAUCAACAUCAAUAUUCUUCUAACAAUAUAUUUCAAUACAUAAUCAGUAAAAGAGAAUUGAUAAAACGAUCCCCAAAGGGAAAAUUCUUUGAACUUUUUAUCAGUUGAAAUUCUCUCACCUAAUUAAUUAAGAAAAUAUAUGGAGAUCGGUUUGGGGAAUUUGUAUGUGGAUAUUGCGAAUUAAAGGACUGUAAGUUCUGAAACGAUAACUUUAUUUUGUUUGCCUACCAGCCUUUAACUGCCCCUCCUGCACUGGGAUUGGAAAGAGUAGAGACGAGGCGAAUAAGGCGUGUGACAAAAACAAAAGGACGGUUGCAUGCGCACCUGAUGAAUCGGUGUGUGUGGCUGGAGAAAAACAGGUAUCGCGUUCUUUGUUCCUUGUCCAACGGUUCUGUUCAAGCAGAAAGAUGCUUGAUGAAAUGAAGAAGCAAUGCCAAGAUAAAAAGAAGUCUGCAGAUUCACUGUGUAAAGUGGCGAUGUGUGAAAUAGCUGGUUGCACUGCAAGGCUUUCGUAA